CGUAUCGAAAAGGCGGCACAGCCCGGCCCCGAAGAACUCAAGUCUUGUUUGCUGCUGAUGCUGCGGGGGGUUGAGUCAUGGGAAACAAAACAAGCCAAGUCUUGGAAGAAACCAUCGUAUCAUACCGACUCAGGGCCAAGAGAAGCGCAAGGGAGAUGGGCGAGGAAGAAAGAGAGAGAGAUACGCACAGAGAGAGAGACACACAUACAGAGAGAGAGACACACACACAGAGAGAGAAGAGAGACAGAGACAACGUGUGUAAGCAUAAGGGUGGGCGGUAAAGUGUGCCCUUGACACUCUUCUCGAUGCGCUCGAAUGGGAGGGCGUCAUCAGGCUAUUCGGAGUUGGAAACGAUGAUGUCGGUGGACACCCCCCGGGACGAUAUUAUCCUAGACCAAGCCCGGGGACAUUCUCCAAGUUCCCCUCAUUCUCAACUUCUCCUCCCCGGCCCGCCCCCUCACGGAAGCACAUCACCCAUCAUCCUGAACCCUUGCCGGCCUGUCUCCCCCCUCCCCAACCUCUGUUUCCCCCACAUCUCCAGAAGAACCCAAGUCGAACCACUCAUGGUUCCCGCGCAGACGACAGACGCUAUUCGAUAUCAACCGGCGGCCGAUGUAACGCUGCCCCUUUAUUUCAACCGUCCAAUCCCGACCCCCGUCCGGGAUAGGAUCCUUGUCUCCCACCUCGUACGGAUACAUGAACACGCAGAACGCGGGACUUCAACCGAGGCCGAGAGCUGUGGUAGAAGAAAAAGUUGCAGAGUCUUGCGGGGGGGUGGAAGGGGUGUGAAGUCGCGCCUGGAGGAGCCUUGGCUUCGGUCCUGAAGCCACCGACAUACAAACGCCCACAAAGGUUUUGUGUUCCGCCGUCUGGGCAAAGAUACUCGCGCGAAGUAGCAUGCUUGGGAUUGCCGAGGGGGGCUGUCACCGGGUAUAGGAAGAAGAUGAACAUCCUCAACUAGAUGAAUGGAUGGCGUGCCAUUGACUAGUUACCCGCACGAAAAAAAAGGACGAGACCGCGUUUCUCCCUCUCACCCCUCCCCCCCUCCCCUUCAGAUGACCUAGAUCUCUGUCGCAUUGUCCAAUUGGCGUUACUCGAUGAUGGCACCUCUUCCCCCAACCCAUUGAGUCUGUCUGACUGGGAUCGUCUUGCCAUGCAGCUGCUGAACUUCAGACGAUUAUAAAGUCCUUCACCCCUCCGCAGCGCAUUUGUUGGUUUCCUCUCUCCC